UGGCAUCGUUGAGAGGAAACAGGAGAAGAAGAUGGGACGCUGACGGGACCACAGCCAGUGUGGCUAUAACGAGCAAACUUAGUAACCCUUUUGGCUGGACUUUAAUCACAUUAUUGUGUGUUUUUGUUUUUAGUGAGAGUGUUGAAAAAUGAUUCUUACAGUAAAGCCACUUCAAGGGAAGGAGUGCAGUGUUCAGGUGACAGAAGAUGAAAAGGUUUCCACAGUGAAGGAACUUGUUUCUGAGCAACUCAACAUACCAGCAAACCAGCAGCGGCUGCUUUACAAAGGAAAGGCACUGGCAGAUGAACACAGACUUAGUGAUUAUUCCAUUGGACCAGAGGCUAAAUUGAACCUAGUAAUCCGUCCUGCAGGAGAAAGAUCUGCAGCCUCAGCAGUGACUGGCUGCAGCAGCAGGAACAUGGGAGGACUGUGGCAGACUGUGUCCACUAUACUUGCUAGACACUUCAGUCCAGCAGAUGCAGCAAAAGUUCAUGAACAGCUUAUAAAGGACUAUGAACGUUCACUUCGACAGCUCAGCCUGGAUGACAUUGAACGACUAGCAGUGCGAUUGCUUCACCCUGACAGCGAGAGCAUGGACACCUCCUACAUGGACUAGCAUUGGAAAACCUAAAUCUACUUUGUAUGAAUAGAUUUAGGAGAAACUACAUGUUUGGGAAAAUAAAUGUGAGGCCAUUGAGAAUACAAUGUGUGCCUAAUCAGUGAUUAUUGAUAUUGCUGACUUGUGUCAGUGACUAAUGUUUAUCUCAGCAAUAGGGCUUUCUCAUGUGUGUUUUCUCUUCUAUUUUUAAUAUUGACACCAUUUGUUGAAAGACUAGUUUUUUUUGUGUAAAAUCAAAACACAAAAACAUUGUUUCGUGCUAAUGUUGCUUGAUUUCUGGCUGCUGCAAUUCCAGGCAACACUAACUUCCACUUGAGACUAUUUAUUAUUCAUGUCAGCGUUGAAUGAUGCCUGUUUUUAUUUUAUUUUUUUCAUUUAAACGUGGGAUAAAAGAAUACACACAUCUUUUAUUGUUCAGAUGGCCAUUGUGCGAUUUGUAAAUAUUGUUUAUAUAUGACGACAAUAAAAGAUCAAGAAAUUA